AGCCAAACAAACAGCCCCUAGGUUUCUAUCAGCCGCCGCGUCCUCCUCCAGAUCUGACUCCAUCUCGGCUCCUCUCUCUCUCCCCUAACUCCAAGCAGAUGGGCUCGUCUCUCCUCUUUCUCUCUCUCCUCUCUCCUCUCUCCUCCUUCAGAUCUGUGACUCCAAGCGGAUUCUAGAGCUCGGGUUUUCACUGUUCUCCCUCGAAGCUGGUUCCUCACUCCUCCCUCAAAAGCUCGUCGUCCCUCGAAUCUCGUCGUCGAAUCCUCCGUCGAAGCUCCGUCGAAUCUCUCACACCCCCUUUCUUCCGAAACUCCAGGCAGACGCAUUUCUUCUUUCUUUCCAAAAUUCCACCCGAACUCCAGAUCUAAUCUUAACCAAACCUUCCAUUUCCCAAGAUCAAGAGAAUAUCCAAUUCCGAAGAUCUCCAAGAAUUCCACCGUUAAACCUUGAGGAAUUCUGCUCUCAUGUCGGACAGCGAAGAGGACGAGCUCCUCCAGAUGGCGCUCAAGGAACAAGCCAACCGCGAUGUCAGUUAUCAGAGACCUUCGUCGAAAUCGUUGAAGCUAGUAGUCAAUCUCGUCUAGGCUCCCGUCGCGGUCAACUGCAGGAGCCAACACAGGAACCCUAACCCUAGAAUGAGCUCCGCCUCUUCGUCCAAUUCGAAUAAGAGAGGAGGUGGAGGAGGAGGAGGAGGAGGAGGUGAUGAUGAUGAUGAUGAUUCUGAGGUGGAGAUGCUGAGCAUAUCGUCGGGAGACGAGGAGGAUUCGUCGAGAGAGAUCGGGAUCCAGCCACAGAAGAAUCGGGUGAGGAGGCCGUCGAGGGAUGAUGGUGAUCGAGGAGGAGAUGAUGGAGGGGAGCCUAGGACUUGGAAGCGGGUCGAUGAGGCUGAGCUUGCUCGAAGGGUUCGUGAGAUGCGUGAGACAAGGGCUACACCUGCCACUCAAACUAUUGACCCAAGAGCAGCAUUAGCUCGAAAGGGCCUCACCAACUUGCAAUCCUUACCUCGGGGGGUGGAGGUUUUAGAUCCACUGGGGCUAGGGGUAAUAGAUAACAAAUCAUUAAGGUUGAUUAUAGAUUCUUCAGUAAGCUCUCCAGUUUCUAGAGAAAAAGAUACUUUAGACCCCAAUGAACGAGAAAAGGUAAUCUACACCUCACCAGAUUUUGAUCCCAAAGUUUUUCUUUCGCGGGUUCACCAAGAGACAAGUGCUGCUGAUUUAGAAGCUGGUGCUCUUACUUUGAAAACUGAUCUUAAAGGGAGGACAAAGGAAAAGAAAAAGUUAGUUAAAGAGAACUUUGACUGUUUUGUUUCAUGCAAGACUACAAUUGAUGAUAUCGAAUCAAAACUGAGACAAAUCGAGGAAGAUCCCGAAGGUGCAGGUACUGCUCAUUUGCAUGCUGCUACAGAGAAAAUCAGUGGAACAGCAAAUCGUGCAUUUCAGCCUCUUUUUGAGAGACAGGUGCAAGCUGAGAAGAUCAGAUCAGUUCAAGGAAUGCUUCAGAGAUUCCGUACAUUGUUUAAUCUGCCUAGUACAAUUCGUGGAAGCAUCACCAAGGGAGAAUAUGAUUUAGCUGUUAGGGAAUAUAGAAAAGCCAAGUCAAUUGUCCUUCCUUCACAUGUGGGGAUACUAAAACGUGUUUUAGAAGAGGUGGAAAAAGUGAUGAAUGAGUUUAGGAGUAUGCUUUAUAAGUCGAUGGAAGAUCCACAGCUUGACCUAGCUGAACUUGAGAACACUGUUAGGUUGUUGUUAGAGUUGGAACCUGAUUCUGAUCCAGUGUGGCAUUAUCUUCAUAUCCAGAACCGUAGGGUUCGAGGUUUGCUUGAGAAGUGCACUGUGGAGCACGAAGCCCGUAUGGAAGUUCUACACAGUGAGAUGCAGGAGAGACUGCAGUCUGAUGCGAGAUGGAGGCAGCUUCUAACAAGUCUGUAAUUUGAUGUUGAUUCCUCAAUCCGGGACUCUGGCGAUUUUGAGACAGAUUUCAUGGGAGAAGAAGUAGAUGCUUUGAGAGGAAGGUAUAUUCGACAAUUAACUGCUGUGCUUAUCCAACAUGUUCCAGCAUUUUGGAGAUUAGCUCUUUCAGUUUUCAGUGGAAAGUUUGCAAAGGUCACUGCUGCAAAUGUUCCUCUUGAUUCUGAGGCAAAUUCCAAACCUAGCCUGUCUAAGGGUGAGGACAAGGCUGGUGACAUGAAGUACUCAAGUCAUUCUCUAGAAGAAGUUGCUGAAAUGGUUCAUGGUACUAUAUCUGCAUAUGAGGUCAAGGUUCAUAGCACGUUUCGAGAUUUUGAAGAAUCAAAUAUUCUUUGUCCAUACAUGAGUGAUGCUAUAAAGGAAAUAGCUAAAGCAUGUUUGGCUCUUGAGGGAAAAGAAUCUGCGCCGCCCAUUGCAGUUAAAUCUUUGCGUUCCCUUCAUUUUGAAAUUACAAAGAUCCAUAUACUAAGGUUAUGCACGUGGAUGCGGGCAACAACUCAGGAGAUAUCCAAAGAGGAAGUUUGGAUUCCUUUAUCGACUUUGGAGAGGAACAAAUCUCCAUAUGCAAUUUCUUACUUGCCCCUGGCAUUUCGAGCAAUGACAGUGUCUGCGAUGAAUCAGAUUGAUGCUAUGAUUCAGAAUCUUAGAAGCGAGGCUACAAGAUUUGUGGACAUGUCAGACCACCUUAAUGAAAUACAAGAAGCUGCUAGAAUUGCAAUUCUGAACUGUUUCCUGGAUUUCGCAGGUUCUCUUGAACGGAUUGGUGGUGAACUCUCAGAAAAUAGAUCGAAUAUUGAAAGUCAUUUACAAAAUGGCUAUAUGAAUGGAUUCGAAAGUGAAUUGCCUGGUGUGCAUUCUGGUGGUGCUGUAGGUGAUUCCCAUAAAAAGCUUCUAAUCGUCCUGAGUAACAUUGGGUAUUGCAAAGAUGAACUUUGCCAUAGUCUAUACAACAAGUACAAACACAUAUGGCUUAGGGAAAAAGAGGAACAGUAUGCUGAUAUACGAGAUCUUGUAACAUCAUUUUCAGCUCUUGAGGAGAAAGUCCUGGAAAGUUACACAUAUGCAAAGUCAAACUUGACCAGAGUUGCUGCAUCAAACUAUCUCUUCGAUUCUGGUGUUCAGUGGGGAGGUGCACCUGCAGUGAAGGGUAUUCGAGAUGCUACUCUUGAAUUACUACAUUGUCUUGUGGCUGUGCAUGCUGAGGUGUUUUCUGGUGCCAGGCCAUUGUUGGAGAAGACGCUUGGUAUAUUAGUGGAGGGUCUGAUCGACACAUUUCUCAGCCUUUACCAAGAACACAAAGCUAAAGAUCUCAAAUUGUUGGACGCAAAUGGUUUCUGUCAACUUAUGCUAGAGCUUGAAUAUUUUGAAACUGUUUUGCACACAUAUUUCUCCCCCGAAGCUCAUGAAGCUCUGAAGUCUUUACAAGGAUUAUUGUUAGAGAAAGCUUGUGAGAGUUCUAGUGAGCCUAUUGAGAAUCCAGGACACCAUCGCCGAUCAACACGCGGUAGUGAAGAUGCAAUGGCAGAUGAUAAACCACAAGGAUCAACUGUAUCUCCAGAUGAUCUACUUGCGCUGGCACAUCAAUGUAGCACAGAACUGCUUGAAGGGGAACUUGAGAGGACUCGACUUAAUGUUGUAUGCUUCAUGGAGACAUCUCUUCAGCCGAGCGCAGCUGUCAAGCCUUCUUUCUCUUCAUUUCAAGCACCAGUUUCUUCCCCAAGUUACAGAAAACAGCAAACAGUGGGUUCUCCAGGGUUCUCCAGGCGACGAAGAUGAGAAUUUCUUAAGCAUCCCCUGGAAUUUCCCCCCAUUGUGAUGUAUAUCUGUGAUCUUCUUUUUCUUUUUCUCUUUCCUUUUUUUCUGUUUUUUGUUUGCCAAUUCUUUGGUUGAUUGUAAAAGCUGAUAGGUGGUGGAGAUUUGGGGAUUAGGUGUGUAUUUAUUUUGUUCUUACACUGUAAAGCGCCAAGUACCUGUGCUUCUGUGAUGUAAAACCUCAAUAUUCAUCUGUAAUGGUAAUGCAUUUUGUGUAUGUUUCUGUAGCCCUAUGUAACAAAGAACGAGAGAUAAAAGAGUGUUUGACGAGCUUAAUAUUACAUUUUAUCUUGUUUA